CUGCUGGAGGAAAACGUGAUCAGCUUUGUGAAGAACGAGCUGAAGAAAAUCAGAAAGGUUCUGAGUCCAGAUUACACAGAAUGUUUUAAGAGUCAGUGGGAAGACGAAGACAGAUUGGGAGGUGAGGAUGAAGAGCAGAGGAGGAGCAGCAUGGAGGCAUUUGUGAAGAUCACCCAGGACUUCUUGAGGAGGAUGAAGCAGGUGGAGCUGGCUGACCGACUGCAGGAAAAACAUUUGGCUGCAGUUUAUCAACAGAAGCUGAAAUCUUCUUUGAAGCAGAAGUCCAAUUGUGUGACUGAGGGCAUUACUAAAUCUGGAAAUGGUACUCUUCUGAAUCAGAUCUUCACAGAGCUACACAUCACAGAAGGAGGGACUGGAGAGGUCAAUGAAGAACAUGAGAUCAGGCAGAUUGAAACUGCAUCCAGGAAAGUAAGCAGACCUGAAACAACCAUCAAAAAAGAAGACAUUUUUAAACUGCCACCUGGAAGAGUCAGACCAAUCAGAACAGUGAUGACAAUAGGAGUAGCUGGCAUCGGUAAAACAGUCCUAACGCAGAAGUUCAUUCUGGACUGGGCUGAAGACAAAACCAACCAGGACAUCCAUUUCAUGUUUCCAUUCACUUUCAGACUCCUGAAUGUGUUGAAAGAGAAAAAGUUCAGRUUGGUGGAACUUCUUCAUCACUUCUUCACUGAAACCAAUGAAAUAUUCAACUUUAAAGACUUCCAACUUGUCUUCAUCUUUGAUGGUCUGGAUGAGUGUCGACUUCCUCUGGACUUCCACAGGAACCAGGUCCUGACUGAUGUCACAGAGUCCACCUCAGUGGAUGUUCUGUUGACCAACCUGAUCAAAGGAAACCUGCUUCCCUCUGCUCGCCUCUGGAUAACCACACGACCUGCAGCAGCCCAUCAGAUCCCUGCUGAGUGUGUUGACAUGGUGACUGAGGUCAGAGGCUUCACUGACCCACAGAAGGAGGAGUACUUCAGGAAGAGGUUCAGAGAUGAGGAGCAGGCCAGCAUGAUCAUCUCCCACAUCAAGUCAUCACGAAGCCUCCACAUAAUGUGCCACAUCCCUGUUUUCUGCUGGAUCAAUGCUACAGUUCUGGAUCAUGUGUUGAAUACCAGAGAGGGAGGAGAGUUGCCCAAGACCUUGACUGAGAUGUACAUCCACUUCCUGGUGGUUCAGACCAAAGUUAAGAAGCUCAAGUUUGAUGGAGAAUCUGAGACAGAUCCACACUGGAGUCCAGAGACCAUGAAGAUGAUUAAGUCUUUGGGAAAACUGGCUUUUGAGCAGCUGGAGAAAGGAAACAUGAUCUUCUAUGAGUCAGACCUGAUAGAGUGUGGCAUCAAUGUCAGAGAAGCCUCYAUGUACUCAGGAGUUUUCACACAGAUCUUUAAAAAGGAGCGAGGCCUGUACAAGGACACGGUGUUCUGCUUCAUCCAUCUGAGUGUUCAAGAAUUUCUGGCUGCACUUCAUGUACGUCAGAACUUCAUCAACUCUGGAGCUAAUCUGAUGGAGAAAAAACAAACAUCUUCUGUGUGGUCCAAACUAUUUUUUAAUCACAGUCUGACAGAUCUUCAUAAGAGUGCUGUAGACAAGACCUUACAGAGUCCAAAUGGACACCUGGAUUUGUUCCUCCGCUUCCUCUUGGGUCUUUCCCUGCAGACCAAUCAUAGUCUCUUACGAGGUCUGCAGACAGAGAUGGGAAAUACCUUACAGACCAAUCAAGAAACAGUCAAAUACAUCCAAAAUAAAAUUAGUCAUGCUUCAUCUGUUGAGAAAAGCAUUGAUCUGUUUCACUGUCUGAACGAACUGAAUGAUCAUUCCCUGGUGAAGGAGAUCCAACAGUCUUUGAGAUCAGGACGUUUCUCCACAGACAAAGUGUCUCCUGCUCAGUGGUCAGCCCUGGCUUUCAUCUUAUUGUCAUCAGGAAAAGAUCUGGAUGUGUUUGAUCUGAAGAAGUAUUCUGCUUCAGAGGAGGUUCUUCUGAGGCUUCUGCCAGUGGUCAAAGCCUCCAAGAAAGCUAUACUGAGUGACUGUAAUCUUUCAAAGAGAAGCUGUAAAGCUCUAUCAUCAGUUCUCAGUUUAGAGUCUUCCAAUCUCAGAGAUCUGGACCUGAGUAACAACAAUCUGCAGGAUUCUGGAGUGAAGUUUCUAUCUCCAGGACUGGAAAGCUCACACUGUAAACUAGAAACUCUCAGUCUGUCAGGUUGUCUGAUCACAGAAGAAGGUUGUGCUUCUUUGGCCUCAGCUCUGAGCUCUAACCCAUCUCAUCUGAAAAGUAUGGACCUGACAUACAAUAAUCCUGGAGAAGCUGGAGUGAAGCUGCUAUUGGAUGGAUUGAAAGAUUUGAACUUCACACAAAAUAACCUUAAGGUGGAACCUUCUGGAGACCAGUAUUUGACACCAGGUCUGAAGAAGUAUUCCUGUCAGCUCACAGUCAACACAGACACCAUACACAGAGGACUCAAACUGUCGGACAACAACAGGAAGGUGGUAUUUGAUGGGGCGGUCCAGUCGUAUCCUGAGCAUCCAGACAGAUUUGAUGUCUAUCCUCAGCUGCUGUGUGGAAACGGUCUGACUGGUCGAGCUUACUGGGAGGUGGAGGCUACAGGAAACAUUUGUAUAUCAGUGAGUUACGGAGGAAUCAGACGUAAAGGAGACUGUGAGGACUGUCUGUUUGGAAGGAAUGAUCAGUCCUGGAGUCUGGACUUCUCUYAUAGAGGUUUUGUUGUCUGGCACAGAAACAGAGACACACCCAUCUCCUCGUCCUGCCACUUGUUCCCUUACAGAGUAGCUGUGUAUGUGGACUGUCCUGCAGGUGCCCUGUCCUUCUAUAGAGUCUCCAGCAAUGUCCUGAUCCACCUCCACACCUUCAACACAACAUUCACUGAAGCUCUUUAUCCUGGAUUUAGAGUUUAUUCUGGUUCUUCUAUGAUUCUGGGUUGAGUUUUGCCUGUUUGUGUCCAGAUCAAGCUGUAAAUAUCAGAAUGUGUUUCUCCUGUUUGCUGCUCAUCACAUACUAGUGCUGUAGUACUUGAGACUGGUCUAAAGACCACUUUAUAAUGGUCUUGGUCUUGUCUCAAACUUGACCAUAUUUGACUCAAUUUGUACUCAGUCUUGUCUCGGUCAUUGUCUGGGAGCGGGAGAAGAUGUCUGCAAAAUUUUCAGUAAAACCGUUUGGCCACAUGAAUCAUACUUAGAAGACCUCAAUCCUACCGACACAUCUUCCCAUGAGGAAGCAGAGCCUGAGGACCCUGGGUCAGACUCUCCAAUCUUUGGUGCCGAGGUCACUGAGGUGGUUAAAAAGCUCCUCUGGGGGUGGAUGAAAUUCACCUUGAGUUCCUUAAGGCUCUGGAUGUUGUGGAGUUGUGUUGGUUGAUGUGACUCUAUCGCAUGAACAUUGGGAGCAGUUCCCCUGGAUUGGCAGACCUGGGUGGUCCCUCUAUUUAAAAAGGGGGACCACAGAGUGUGUUCCAACUAU